UCGGUCUUGUUUUGAUCUCAUGUAGCGUUUGUGACGUUACCUGCUAGUUUGUGCACUCCUGCUUUAAAGCCUUCAAUUUGGGAUUUGACUGUUUUUUUUUUAAUUGGAUGUGUUAUUUUCUCAUAGACUUCUAUACAAUCGGAUUUAUUUUUGGAGCCAGAGGAGGCGCCCCCUGCUGACUGUUGGAAAGAAUGCACAUUUUAGUCACUUUUGCAGUGCCUUUACUUCUCAGACCUGGAGGCUACUUCCAUAUUUUAUGUACAGACUAUGGCUAAGCUGAAUAUCUGGAUCGAUAACACACACACACAUUUGUCUAUUAUAUAUGAAUUUUAUCUGCUAGUGUCUCCAUGUGUAACAUCUGGAGAUCCAUUUAACCAGGCCUGCCAUUAGUCUCAAUCUUCUACACUUGGGAAAAAGACUUUUUGUUCAUGCCAUAUGUCAAUUAACCAGCUGGCGUGAUGCAACUGGGUCACUUCUGACCGCCCACCACAACCACCAAAAGUCUUCUGUACUGUAUUAUUAAUGCUAGGGUGAUAGUGAUGUGACAACUAAUGAAUCAGAAAUGUAAAAAAUUAACAAAAAACAACUUAAAUGUAGUGAACAAAGACCUUUUGGGUAUCUGGGACACUUUGCCCUGUUAGUAAUCCACCUUUUUGCACAAAAUAUGAAGAUUAAGUAUAUAAAAGUUGCACUUUUGGCUAAUGCUCGAACAUAAUUUUACCGAGGAUAGCGUUACUUUUAAACCGACAAUUCAGUAAGAAAAUAUGGUUUUACCUUGCCAACAUUUUCUUACUGAAUUGUCAGUUUAAAAGUAACACUAUAAUAAGAAACGACAAAAUGAACAUUAUCCAAUUAUUAUUUUAACCUGUAAAUAUUAUGUGGAACGAACAUUUCCUUGCAUUGGCAGAGAGUCAGUCUGUCUUGUAGUUUCCAGAUUUGCCAGGAAUUAGUUCUAACUUAUGAACAAAAAUCUCUCUGUGAUUUCUGUUGCUCUUAAAAUCUUAGUUUCAUUCAUGCAGCUUUGUUUUUAGUUUCAACUGUUUGUUGGGAAAAAGUAACACAAGCCUGUGUCCUAAAGAAAGAAUUAGUUCUCUGAUCAAUAAAGUGAUGACUGGUUUGCCAGAAGCUUAGCUUUUAACUGAUGGGCUGUCUCCCAAAAUACACAGCAGACAGCCUGUGACAACAAUCUAUUAGAACUCCAUUUGCUGACUGUAAAAAACAUGCUUUCAUUCAUUGUUUAGUCUCUUUGUGAGCAGUUGGCAUGAAGUGUUUAGGAACAUACCCUUCAGGUUGCCAGGCGGUGUGACUCCCUCCUCCUGAAGCUUUAUAGCAGCAGUAGCUGGAGCUCAUGAUCCCGCCUUCAUAUUAUCAAUCGCCUCAUCUUUGUGGAGCCAUAAGCUGCUGGGAUGCGCCUGUAUGGAAGAACUCCUCUCUUUAUGGCACGUUUAUAGCUUUAAGGAACACAGCACGGAGGUCCUAAACACACCAGGUAUGUCUGAUUUAGUCCAUUUUUAAUAUUCAGGACUGAACUUUAACCAGGAUAGAGAUAUUUAGCCUGUAUCUGUCUAUUAAAAAAAGAAUGAAGGAAACUAGAUCAAGAUGGCAGUAAAUUUUUGCUCUGUUAUUAUCCAAUGCAUUUUUGAAACUUCCCAGGCAGACAACAGCUGAAAAAGUAUCACAACUUUCCAAACAAACCUUCCAAAGCUUCCUUCUCUUCAGUGACUUCCAGGUGAGACCCACCCAAAGCAGACGGAUCAGCGUCCAUCGAGUGAUUGUUAUAUUAGCAUGUAAGCGGCGGAUGAAUUAUGGAGGGAGCCAGCAUCACCAUCUUCGUCAUCGUACAGAAGAUAUACUACCCGUUACUCUGCAUCAUGGGUAUCCCUGCAAACCUCUUCACGUUCUACAUGAUCUGUUUCCAUAAAUGUGGGAUGUCCAACACAGCCAUCGUUUACCUGAGCUGUCUGGCCAUCGUGGACACCUUCUACGUGCUGUGGGUGAUUCUCAUCGACCUCACUCUCACUUUCUGGAUUCUCCAGCCCUUCUGGCACUCCCAUCCCUGGUGUGGCAUUCUGGGAUUCCUGCAGUAUGGAGCUCUCUACAGCUCUUCCUGGAUUGUGGUGGUGUUUACCAUUGAGCGAUACCUCAUCCUCCGCAGCACGGCAGCCAAAAACCACUUCUCCCAGGCCUGGGUCACCAAACUGACCUGCAUCGCUAUUGUGCUGGUGUCCCACGUGGUUUCUGUACCUAUGGCUUGGAUCAACGUUGUCAUACCUGUGGACUUCACCAUGGACGGGAAGAACGUGACGCUACCCAGGUGUCGAUAUCGUGAUGAGACCUACUCUACAGUUUUAGUGUGGAUAGCCACCUUCCUCUCUAUAGGUAUCCCCAUCGUGUUGGUCAUCAUCUUCAACUCCCUCAUCAGCUACCAUCUGUGCCGCGCCAGCAACCUUUUCACCAAGGAGGAGCGUCGCGUUAUGCACGGGAAGAGCACCAGGGGGAUGUUGAGAAGAACCAUUCUGCUGCUGGGAACCGUCUCCGUGACCUUCGUUGUACUCAGUCUGCCUCGGUUUGUCACGUACUCCAUCCUGAGGACUCAGUACAACAACGAGAGCUUCAACAGGAAUGACUACAGCAUUCCCAUCAACAUGGCUGGAGAUUUAGCCAACAUGCUGCAGAACUUAAACUCCACCACCAACUUCCUGCUCUACUGUAUGGUCAGCCGGUGCUUCCGGAGGGAGAUGGUCCGGGUGGUGACUUGCAAUUCGAAGGCCCGUGAGCUGGGCUCUGUCCUCACCCAAACUACCAUGAAAGUCUUCUCAGUGGUCGAUCAUAAGACUUCCAGCAACCCUGGGAUAGUGGUGCUAAUCAAUCUCAAACAGAUGGAGUAGAAAGGAAUUCCAAGAACAAGUUCAUCUUUAACCCUGGAAGUUCAUUCUUGGUCUUAAAUAGUAGCUUUACACAAAAAAAAGAACUAAGAUUAUUUUGUGAACUUAACCCAUAAUAUUUUUUCUGAUUUUUAGCCAUUCUAAUGUUGUGCCUUCUGGUCCACUAUUUUGGUAAUGACUGAAAUAUCUCAACAUCUGUUUGAUUGAUUGCCAUGAAAUUUUGUACAGAGAUUCGUGGUCCCCAGAGGAUGACUUUAGUGAUCCCCGUCUUUUCAUCUUGUGCCACCAGUUGGUUAAAUUUUCCAUUUAUUCAGAGACAAACAUUCAUUUUCCCAAAUUAUGUAUCAUGAUAACUACACACGUGGACAAAAUU